AACUGCCGUGAUCGAAGGAUACAUACAGGACGCGUAAUGCUAUGCCGACGCAAUUCAAACGUUUUUAACGCUGAUACAAUUGGUCAUUGAGCAGCUGGACGAAGUUAAAUAAUAGAAACGGAAGCAUAAUUCCUGGACGGCGUACAUUUUUAUCAACCGCCUUUGUGACUCUGAUUACCUCGUGUCCUUUGGAGGGCAUCGUUCCAGACAAAUAAAUUUGUCCAUAAAUCUGUCGAGUUGGUCGUUGCAAUAAUCGCCAUUCCUUUUGUGGCGACCGACGAUUAAAAUGGACGCACGAUUUUGGUCUAUGCGCGCCAGAUUUAUGACUGCGCUAACAAUAACGUUGCGGUUUAUAAUGCCUCACGGAUAGCAGAGCAAGUUGUUCGUUAAAAGUAACUGAUACACGUACUGUCAUGGAUUUAGACCUUGCAUCUGCAACCCUCAUACAGAGUUCAGGACCCUGGCCAAGGAUCGCAAUGUUCAAGCAAGGAAGACAGAACGCCGCGUUCGUCGAGGACGAUGGCCACUCGACCACGAAUUUCCAAAUCUCCAACGCAACCGUUCCUGAAAAGAAUCACGCCAGAGAUACUUUCGGCUUCGAUUACGGCAUUCAGGACGAUCGCAAGGUGCCCCUUUCGUUGACUCCGGAGGGAAUGACCAUCGCUGAGAACGAAGAAGAGAGAGCGACCUGGGACAACGGAUUGGAAUUCCUGAUGUCCUGCAUCGCCAUGUCCAUCGGCCUCGGUAACGUUUGGAGGUUCCCAUUCACCGCCUACGAAAACGGCGGCGGAGUGUUUCUCAUACCUUACAUCAUCGUCCUCUUCGUCGUUGGUAAACCGUUCUACUAUCUGGAGAUGAUAAUGGGACAGUUCUGCAGCCGAUCUUCGGUGAAAAUGUGGGCAGCAGCACCUGGAUUUCGAGGUGUCGGCUGGGCCCAGAUGUUCUCCAUGCUCGCCGUAGGCACUUACUAUUGCUCGCUGAUGUCCGUCACUCUGUACUACCUGAUCGGGAGCUUUCAAUCUCAGCUUCCUUGGUCCACCUGUCUCGAGGAGUGGGGAGACUCGUGCGUAGAUUCAGGAGGAUCCCGCAACAACACCGAUGGGAACAGAACCGGCGAGAACAGAACCGGGAUAAUUAGCUCCGCCGAACUCUACUUCAGGAAAAUAGUGCUAAAGGAGAAGGAGACGAUCGAGGAUGGUAUCGGGUUGCCGGAUUGGAAGCUGACGGUCUGCUUGCUGGUCGCGUGGGCCUGCAUAUUCGCGGUGCUGGCGCGCGGCGUGAAGAGCUCGGGAAAAGCGGCCUAUUUCCUCGCGCUCUUCCCUUACGUCAUCAUGAUCAGCUUGCUGAUCAGAGCGGCGAGCCUGGACGGCGCCGUUAACGGGAUCGUUUUCUUCAUCAAGCCGGAUUGGGGGAAGCUGUUCGAUGCGAACGUCUGGUACGCUGCUGUCACACAGUGCUUCUUUUCGCUGUCGGUGUGCUUCGGUGGUGUCGUCAUGUACUCGUCCUACAACGACUUUAAACACAAUAUAUACAGAGACGUGAUAGUAGUGACCACCUUGGACACGUUCACCAGCCUCAUGGCGGGUUUCACCAUUUUCGGUAUCCUCGGGAAUUUGGCUCACGAGCUCGGCAUAGAAGACGUCAGCAAAGUCGUUCGGGGCGGAACCGGUCUCGCCUUUGUCUCCUAUCCGGACGCCAUCGCCAAGUUCACCGUUCUGCCGCAGUUGUUCUCGGUGCUGUUUUUCCUCAUGCUUUACGUGCUCGGCAUUGGAAGCGCUAUCGCUUUGGCAGGCUCGCUUAUCACCAUCAUCAGCGAUCAGUUCCCAAACUGGAAGCACUUGUACGUGGUCCUCGGCACGGUCACCUUUGGCUUUUCCGUCGGCACCGUUUACUGUACACCCGGUGGCCAAUUCAUUUUGGAGCUGGUGGAUUUCUACGCUGGCUCGUUCGUCGUGUUCAUCCUGGCCACUUUGGAGAUAACCGGCAUCUUCUGGGUGUACGGAUUGGAGAAUUUCUUGGACGACGUGGAGUUCAUGUUGAAACGAAGGCCGUCGGUGUACUGGAGGCUCUGUUGGGCCGUCAUCACUCCUCUUCUGCUGGCUGUGAUCCUGCUGUAUACCCUCGUCUCUUUGCGACCCUUGACUUACAGCGGUAUUCCAUAUCCCGACAGCGCGCACGCCGUCGGAUGGAGCUUAUGCGCUAUCGGCGUACUGCAGAUUCCUUUCUGGCUGAUUUACACCAUAAUGUCCAACAGAGACCUGAAGCUGCCCGAGAUGAUCAAGUCAGCAUUCAGGCCCUCCCCGGAAUGGGGACCUAGGAACGCCAAACAGCUGGCCUCCUGGUGCGAAUUCAAGGAAACCAGACGGAAAAUACGCGAGAAACGAGAAUGCUCGAGGAUCAAGCAAUUCGUUUAUGUGAUACUCUGCUGGGAAGAUAAACUUGUGUGACGAGAAGUCUUGGAGUCAACCAUUGGAGCAGUUAGCGAUGGUAGAACAGUUUUGGAAAUGAACGAUGCCAAUUUCUUUUUUUUUUUUUUUCUAAACUGCACACACUCAACUUACAAGGGGUGUAAAGCAUUGAUUUUGAAGUGUUCGAGUUAGCUUCAGUUAAAGUUAGCACGAGUUAUCGAAGAUGAAAAGAUGGAUGCUUUCUUUCUUAGCUUCUUCGUUCGUCUUCCAAAGAUUCGUUCCUACUCGUUCGGUAUUCCGUCCUGUAAAUAGUUCUUAUUGUUAGACGUAGACCGUCCCAUUCUCGAUGUUUCAUCCUUUAUCGCUCGUACGUUUUAUACUCUUAGACUGAAAAGAAACGGCUUUCCGAAGGAAACGUACAAUUCAUCACGGUGGAACAAUUUCGUUUCUUUUCGUAGCGCCACGAAGCACAGUAUUAUCCAUAAAAUCGAGUAUCGGCGUAGUUUGAACGAUCAACGUCACGCCACUGCCACUAAAAGUAUUUAAACUCCUUCCGUUAUUUAUUAAUAGAGUCUGCCUUGUAAAUGCCUACGAUACGCUUUCGAUAGCAUUUAUUAAAAACGUGCCACGUUUCGCGUAAUAUAAGUCGCUAUAGAAAUGUAACAAAUCGUUGAAUUACGCUUGCGAUACUCGACGCGACCGCUUCUCCGGUGUGCAGAUAUUUCAAUCAUUCGUAAUCCAAGAAAUUCCGAUCGUCGACGUACCCCUCUUCCUCUUCCUCUUCUUCUUCGUGUUUCGUCAACACGGAUGUUUCGUCUUCCAAGUCCUGUUUAUAGAGUAAUAUGUGUGUUAGCAGUAGUUGCACCAUAGGUACGCGAAGCAAUUUAUAUAAUAAAAUAGAAAAAUCAUA